UCCUGCCCCCAAAACACAGGAUCAGAGAUACUGGGAGACCUGGCCUCAUACUCCUUGCUCCAAGGGGUGGUCAGAACAGACUGAAAAUAGGAACUGCAUCCAAAAAGCUAAAGCCUGGGAGGUGACUGAGAGUGGAGAGGACUCAAGGGUGAGUGUUUGUGGGAAUGACUCCAGCAGAGCAUCCCACUCCUUUGAAGAGCUCAGAGGAAGAUGUCGGCCCAGUCCCUCCCUGCAGCAACACCCCCUACCCUAAAGCCCCCUCGGAUCAUCCGCCCCCGCCCCCCUUCUCGUCCCCGAGCAGCCCAGUCCCCAGGGCCCCACCACAACGGCUCCUCUCCACAAGAAUCUCCCCUCAGCUCCAACGAUGCACCAACCCCCAUGUGCACCCCUAUCUUCUGGGAACCCCCAGCCUCAUCUCUCAAGCCCCCUGCCCUUCUGCCCCCCCCAGCUUCUAAAGCCAGCGUUGACUCCCAGACUUUCCCAGAUUCACCUUCUAGCACCCUCAGCCCAGGGUCCCGGCUCUCCAUCUCUUCAGAACCUGCUCCCCGGUCCCCAGCACCCCCACCCAAACCCUCUGGGUCACCGUGCACACCUCUGCCCCUGCUACCCACGGCCCAGGUCCCAGCCCAGGAUGGCUCUGCCUCGGCCCCAGGCACUGUACGGAGAUUGGCUGGCAGGUUCGAGUGGGGGGCUGAAGGUAGGGUACAGGCUGCAGAUGACCAGGAGCCCUGUUCCCAAGGGGACAUGGAUGUGGAUGAGGAGAGAGAGACUUCCCAGGCCAAUCUGGCUGGGAGUGGGUCCCAGGAGAACGGCACUCCAGAUGCUGCCCUGGCCUGCCCUGCCUGCUGCCCCUGUGUGUGCCAUGUAGCUCGGCCUGGCUUAGAGCUCCGAUGGGUACCGGUGGGGGGCUACGAAGAUGGCCCUAGGGCCCCCUGCCGGGCCUCCCCACUGCGGACCUCCCGCUCCCGGCCUGGCCCCCCAAGUGUCCGUCACCCCCCAGUUGUCCUGACAUCCUAUCGCUCCACUGCUGAGUGCAAACUCCUGCCUCCCCUAAAACCGCCCAAACCAACUCGGGUCAAGCAGGAUGCCCUCAGCUCUGGGGACUCCCCACAGCCAGAUCUCGAUCUGCCCUCUGAAGAUGGAAUCCAAACAGGGGCCUGUCCUGAUGAGGCUCCUCAGGAUGCUCUUCCCGCAGCCAUGGAGGGCAGGGAGGAUGAGGGGCUGGAGGAGCUGAGGGAGCAGAACUGGGAGCUGCCCCUGCAGGAUGAGCCCCUGUACCAGACAUACCGAGCAGCUGUGCUGUCAGAGGAGCUGUGGGGGGUCAGUGAGGAUGGGGUUCCUUCUCCAACUAAUCCUGGAGAAGCUCCCACCUUUGCACGGCCCCCUGGACCCCGCAAUACUCUGUGGCAGGAGCUUCCUGCUGUUCGAGCCAGUGGCCUCCUAGACACCCUCGGCCCCCAGGAGAGACGCAUGCAGGAGAGCCUGUUCGAGGUAGUGACAUCGGAGGCCUCCUACCUGCGCUCUCUGCGCCUGCUGACUGACACCUUUGUGCAGAGCCAGGCUCUCCGGGACACACUCACCCCCCGGGAUCACCACACCCUCUUCUCCAAUGUGCAGCGAGUCCAGGGAGUCAGCGAACGGUUUCUAGGGACGUUACUGUCCCGAGUGCGCUCUUCCCCCCACAUCAGUGACCUGUGUGACGUGGUGCAUGCCCAUGCUGUGGGUCCCUUCUCAGUGUACGUGGACUACGUGCGGAACCAGCAGUAUCAGGAGGAGACCUACAGCCGCCUUAUGGACACGAACAUGCGCUUUUCCACCGAGUUGCGUCGGCUGCAGAGCCUCCCGAAGUGUGAGCGGCUUCCACUACCCUCCUUCCUGCUGCUGCCCUUUCAGCGCAUCACUAGGCUCCGCAUGCUGCUGCAGAAUAUCCUGUGCCAGACCGAGGAAGGGUCCAGCCGUCAGGAGAAUGCCCAGAGAGCCCUGGGUGCUGUCAGCAAGAUCAUUGAGCGGUGCAGCGCCGAGGUGGGGCGCAUGAAGCAGACUGAGGAGCUGAUCCGGCUCACCCAGAGGUUGCGCUUCCACAAAGUCAAGGCCCUGCCCCUGGUCUCCUGGUCGAGGCGCCUGGAGCUGCAGGGGGAGCUGACCGAGUUAGGAUGCCGGAGGGGGGGCGUGCUCUUCACCUCCCGCCCCCGCUUCACUCCCCUCUGCCUGUUGCUCUUCAGUGACCUGCUGCUCAUCACUCAGCCCAAGAGUGGGCAGCGGCUACAGGUUCUGGACUACGCCCAUCGCUCCCUGGUCCAGGCCCAGCAGGUUCCAGACCCAUCUGGGCCCCCGACAUUCCGCCUCUCCCUUCUCAGCAACCACCAAGGCCGCCCCACCCACAGGCUACUCCAAGCUUCAUCCCUAUCAGACAUGCAGCGCUGGCUGGGAGCAUUCCCUACCCCAGGCCCCCUGCCCUGCUCCUCAGACACCCUCUAUGAUGACUGUGACUGUUCCCAGGAACUGUGCUCAGAGUCUUCUGUGCCAGUCAAGAGCGAGGGACGGAGUCUAGAGUCCAGGGCUCCCCCCAGGCACCUGCACAAGGGCCCUGAAGGCUGGCUGAAGGGGCUUCCUGGGGCCUUCCCUGCCCAAUUGGUGUGUGAAGUCACAGGGGAACACGAAAGGAGGAAGCACCUUCGCCAGCACCAGAGGCUCCUCGACGCUGUUGAGCCCUCUCCAGGCUCCCCCAGUGCCCCCCCACCCUAAAGCAGGUUGGGGGUAGGCACAGGUUUUGACAUCUGGCACCAAGAGGACAAAGGCCAUCCAUCCUUUGGAUUCGCUGUCAGUUGAAACGCUACCUCUAGUGGCAACCAAUAGGGACCAAGCUUCAGGAUAGGGCAGCCGGUGAAAACGGAGUCCUCCACGCCCACGCAGGAGGGAGAAUGAGGUUGGCUUGAGUGGGUUGCCAAUGGAAACAGAGGCUUAGUGCGGAACAGCCAGUGGAUACUGAGCUGGCUGAGCCCUGGCCAGUGAGUAUCCCUGCUGUGCUCAUGUCAAGGAAGGGGAAACAAGGUAAACAAAGUUGCAAAAGGGCUGCAUUGGAGAUAAAGUCCUAGGAUAGAAUAGCCAACAAUGAUGAGCAGGGGCCCAUCCAGCCAAAGAAGAUGGUGAUCUGGGCCUAGGAGACCAGCAGUGGCCUUGCUUGGUUCUAUAGCAACCACCAUCCUGCCCCUUGAGUCUAGGAAGUGUUAGAUUCUAUUCCUGGGGUGCCUCCUCUGCCCUCUCAAGCCACUUGCUUGCUUCUAGAAGAAUCCAGUGUGUGUGUCUGAGAGAAUCCGUGUGUGCGCAUGUGCACAUACAUGUGCGUGAAUGUGUGUGUCUGUGUACGCAUCAGGGAAGGCGAUUCUGCUGAACAUGGUGUGUGUGUGUGGUCUUACCCCCUCCCCAGAUGAUUGAGUGCUCAUUUCUCCCCACCCCCACUUCCCCCAUAUUUUUCCUGUUCUCUCCAAGAAAGACACUAGGUCUAAGCUCCAGAGGAGAAUGUGGCUUGGCAGCCAGAGGCCAGAGCUGGGAUGAGGAGCCUGGCUUCUGGGUCCUUUGGAGGCCAGUGUUCCAUGAUGGUUGGAGGGUGAUGUUACGGAGCAGCCAAACAACCUGGCAGAGGAGCCAAAGGGACUGAAGAUGGCCAAUAACUAGGGGCUGAGACCCCCUGAAACCUGCAGGCCCUUCUGCUGCCCAAAGCUUGGCCUCUAUAAUCCCUGCCUACAGAUCCUCCAACCUGAACUAUAACCAGUCAUCCAGCCUUAACCUUGGGCUUCAGACCUGCUCUGGGUCCCAGAUUUGGGUGAGGAAACAGGAGCCGUGGAUCACAGGCCAGCUGGUGAACCUUCUGGGCUUUCUUGUCUUCACCCUGGUCCUCUCGCUAAAACACUGGGUCAAGCAGUGGGGAGAGAAGAGAGCCAGUGCUGCUGCUCAACCCCAUCUGGAGCAUCUGUUUCCAGAUGAGAAAAUGCCCCCAAAGGAGAAGCCACGAAGCCAGAAGGAGGAGAGGGACGGAGACAGAGUGGAGGAGACAGCUGCUGGCAAGUGGCAGCCCAGGCCCAGCCCAGGCCUUCCCUGAGCUAGGCCAUCACACCUUCUCUUCAGCUCAUGGAUGGCAACCUGCCCAGGACAGAAGCUGCCAUGCUGACCACAGGAGAUGCAAGGACCCUGGCAAGCUUCGGAGGGGGAAAGGCCCUGGCAUUUGGUUCCAGAGUCUCCCUCCCUCUCCUGUGCGCCAUGACUUUGGGGAUUCACCAAGCACAGUGCCAGGCAAAUGAGAAACCCUCAAUAAAUGUUGGUGGAGUUGA